UCGCAGGCGCACAUCAGACGUUCAGGAUCCGGUACCUGGAGGCUGACGCUCUGAAACUCGACGAUGUCAUUUGGAUGUAAAUAGGUUACACCCGUGGACAGAGACGACACAGAAAGAUAGCUUUACCUGACCUUCCUGAAGCUUUAGUUAUUAUUCCGUUAAGCCAAUCACCAUGGAUCUGUCAUUUAUGGCCGCGCAGAUCCCGGUGAUGACAGGAGCCUUCAUGGACUCGUCGCCUCACGAUGACUACAGCACGGAUCACUCGCUCUUCAACUCCUCUGCAAGUGUCCACGCCGCCGCUCUGGCUGCUCACAGCCAGCAGGAGGAGCAACAGCCCAUGUCCCGGGACGCCAUAUGGCUGUGGAUCGCCAUUACUGCCACCAUCGGCAACAUAGUAGUGGUCGGAGUCGUCUACGCCUUCACGUUCUGAUCUGUGCAAACGAAAUGAACGUUGGAGGCUUCAUAUUUGAGUCUCCCAAAAUAACGGAACUCGAGGGCCUCAUUAAACAAACACUGUGCGCAUUUUUUAACGAAAAAAAAAAUGUGCGCAGUCUUAGUUGUUUAUUUGAUCAUUUUAUUAACACAGAAGGGUAUUUAGAAAUUAUUUUUUAAUUAAUUGGUGUUUUCAUGAUGGAAACUUUUUAACUAGAUUGUUUAUUGCUAAACGGAAAAAAAAAACACGUCUCUUGUUUUUUCCGACUAUAGUGACCAAUACUGCCAAACGAUUUGUACGUGUUUUGCUUUUAGUAUGUGAUAUCCGAUGAUGUUGUAAAGCUUUAAAUGUCUAGAGGGCAAAUGCUAGUCUAUGAAAGUCAUCCAACUAGAGCGGCGAUUAGGAAGUUGAAAUGAAUCCAGAAUCUAAUUUGGUGAAGUAACCAUAAAAUAAAAUUCAUCAGUAUGUAAGUGCAGGGAACAGAACACUUUGUCAGAGACAUAUAAAUAUAGUAAGCACUUACAAUUGUAUUUAAUUAUGGGGCAUUUAUUUAUUAUAUCAUGGUUGAUUUAUUUGA